AUGGCUUCAGUCACAGUUACCCCAAGAUCGAGGUCGUUGAAAGGCUUCUCAGAACAUCUCACUGUUCUCACUGUGGGGCUGGUUAUUGACAAAUUGAGCAAUGCUAGCAGAUUGAACCGCAAUCGCAUCCGUCUUACGUACAAAGAAGGAGAUAAGCACAUUCCAUUGGAUGGUGAAAAGUCCCUUCCUGACUACUUCUCCGCCGAACAGUUGAAGCUGGGAGUUACUCUCUAUGCGAAAGAUUUGGGCCCACAAUUGGGCUGGCGCACAGUCUUCAUUUUAGAGUACUUGGGCCCACUUCUUAUCCACGCUUUAGUGUACCUCUACUACUCGGUCGUUAAGGGAGUUACUCAGUCUGCGACUCAGAAGUUGGCUCUUUGGUUGUGCUUGUUACAUUUUGCCAAGCGUGAAUAUGAAACGGUGUACGUACACCGGUUUUCCAACGCUACGAUGCCCUUUUUCAACUUGUUCAAAAACUCGGGCCACUACUGGAUCUUGUCGGGUAUCAACUUGUCCUUCUUCGUGUACUCAUACAAUGCGACUGAAUUGCAACAGGCAGGCUUCAUUAAACGCUUUGUGUUUCACGUGAACUCCUUACCAAAAUGGGCCAACGUGCUUUUGGUUUUAUUGUGGACUUAUGCCGAGGUUUCUAACUUCAUUACCCAUAAGAUCUUGUCGGGCUUGAGAUCGCAAAACUCAAAGGCCUACGUGAUUCCCCAUGGCUACGGCUUUUCGUGGGUGGCUUGCCCUAACUACUUUUUUGAGUCUUUAUCAUGGACUGCGUUCGCCUUAUUGGUUGGCAACUGGUCUGCAUGGCUUUUCCUUUGCGGUGAGCAGCGGGCAAAUGUACCUCUGGGCUAUCAAGAAACAUCGCAGGUAUAUCCAGACAUUUGGCGACGAGUACAAGAAGUUGAAGCGGUCUGUGUACAUUCCUUUCUUGUAAAUGAAAGGCAGUAUUCUAUAAGUUUAUAUUCACAACUCUGCUUUUAA